UUGAAGGAAGUUUACAGUUCACUAUACACGGACCGAGAGUUUAUGUGGAGACCUCGCUAGCGCCUUAGGCUUCUAAAAUGCCAACGAUCAAACAGCUCUCCUUAACUUACGAAGCUGUUAAUAACAGUAAUACAUUCACUAAUGGCGAUGUUAUUAAUGGGCGAGUCGUUUUCGAAGUGACUAAAGAAGUUAAGAUAGAAAGCCUUUAUGUUAAGUGUAAAGGGGAAGCAAAAGUGAGUUGGAGCGAGAGGCACAAUGAUAGAGAUCACCAUUACAGUGCUACUGAGAGAUACUUUAAGCUCAAACAAUGCUUCAUGCAGGACCCCUCAAAGAAAGGAAAAGAAGAUCCCGGUGUUAUAUUAAUAAGCGGAGAGAUCUACAACAAUGUGGUUAAGCCUGGAAGCCAUGUUUAUCCAUUUAGCUUACAACUGCCGCAUGGAAAUUUUCCAGCAUCUUUUGACGGAUACCAUGGCUCAGUAAAGUACAUUCUUGAAGUCACACUGGACCGGUCAUGGAAAAUGGACCGCACUGAAAAAAAAGAAAUCAUCUUUAUUCCAAGGCUUAGUGGCGUUAAUUUAAUGAACCCACAGAUUGGAUCUAUCGACAAAAAGAUGAAACUUUUCACCUCUGGAAGCACCUCAGUGAAAGCAACAAUUGACAAAAUGGGUUAUAUGAAAGGUGAGGUCAUCAAGGUUUCCACUGACAUUGAUAACUCUUCGUCUCGUGAUCUCAAGCUGAAGUACAGUCUCGAGCAAACACAGGCCUUCUAUGCACAGGGUCACUCCAAGUAUUCGUCCCGUACUAUUUUAAAAGUUGCUGGGGAUCGGGUACCAUCUGGAUCAAAGCAAACCGUCAUCACAAACCUGACGCUUCCACAAAAUCUGGAACUGAGCGUUACAAACUGUAAAAUUCUGAAAGUGGAAUACAUAUUUAAGGUUUAUUUGGAUGUGCCCUUGGCUAGUGACCCAGAGAUCAAAUUCCCCGUGAUCAUUCUCCCUGCAGGCCAGAUUUUUGCUCCAGGGCAAAACCAACCAGCUUUUCAACCUUAUGGGAACCCAGAUGGACCAGGAUGGAACCAACCUCCACCCCAGCUGGAAUUUGGGCCCAGUCCCCCAGGUGCUACCUUUGGACCAGAUCCAGGGUUUUACCCUGGUCCAUACCCUUUACCUAUGUGUCCAAAUCCAGAAGCUCCUCCUCCUUCCUAUGCAGACCUCUAUCCAAAUCCAAACUCAACAGCUGGAUUCAAUCCAGCUCUGCCAGCUCCACCCUUUAAUCCUCAGUACGUUCCUAUGGGUUAUCCAAAUCCACCUGUCCCUCAGCAACAUCCAGUACCGAGUGCUCCACAGUUAUGUCCAGGGCCUGCUGGCCCAGGUUAUGUUCCAGCAGGACCCCCCCCAGGAUACUGCCCAAAUCCAACCACACAACCAGAAUCUUAUCCAACUAAAUCCCCUGAGAAACAUGAAUAAUCUGAAAGUGUGAUGACAUAAGAAAUUAAGAUAUGGAUGACACUGUGGUGCAAAGACUCAGGAGGGUUUUGGGUUUGCAACAUAUAUACAAUGUGUGCAUAUUAUUAUUAAAUUAUUAUUGCAUUUACAUUAUUAUUAUUAUUAUUAUUAUUAAUGUAUUUUUUAGCCAUUGCAAUUGCUGCAGCACCCCACUACUGGGUCCUUGUUGUGGUGCCAGUUGCAUCAUGCAGAUGAUCAGAAUCAAAUUUUUAUGAUUGUCGCAUAUGGCAUAACGUUUUGAGUUCACCCCAGUACAUUCUUGUUAGUAACAAAUAAUUGUAGUUAAUUUUGUAACUCAUUUAAGCAAUUAAGCAGGAUGUAUGAAAGUAUAUUUUUAAUAAAUUUCUUAUAUAUAUAUAUAUAUUUUUGCAUGUGCAUGUAAAAGUGGGUGGGUUUUAUAUUGGAUUAAAUGGUUGCUAGAAAAUGGUGCUGUGCAUGUUAAUUUCAUGGCCUAUAUGAACAGUCAGUAAAUAUUAAGCCAAUACAAAGCGUUUGGAGAUUAACAACAACCAUGAGCUUGCAAGGCUGAUCCAAUGCACUCACUUGCUUUUACAGUUUUCAAAAAUUAACACUAAUAUUAUUCCAAUUAAUCUUUUUUUCAAACACAAAUCCAAAAACAUAAACUCAGUUCACAAAAAUCCAUCCAUGUCAGGCAAAUGCAACAAUUCACUCACAAACAUGUUCACUUUUCUCAUAAUAAACCUUUGCCUUUAAAACACACAAACCAAUCAAAACGCACAUGCAGAGAGCAAAUAGACACUAGGGAAAAAUUAAAUCACAAAUAAAUUGAUACCAAACAUGCAUGUAAAAAACAAAAAACAAAA